AUGGAUUUAAAAACUCCUUCCUUGAAACUUAAUUUCAAUCAUCAAGAACAAAUAAUUCUUCUCCAACAUAUAUCUUUAUGUUAUAAAGAUCUAUAUAAUGUUAUUCAGUUCAUUCCACCACUUAGUUUGAGGAAACAGAACAAUAGAACUUGUUGCAUAACUGCAUGUAUUAAGCUAUCUCGAAUGUAUGCAUAG